AUGGAGAAAAAGAAGAUUCUAAUGAAAUCCAAGGUUGCUGCUUCGAACCUGUUGCAGGCACUGCAUUCUCUGUACCGGUUUGGUCACCUCUGUGAUGUGACAGUUCACACACAACAUCGAGGUAUUCAGGAGGAGUUUCUGGUUCAUAAAGCUGUCUUGGCAGCUUCYAGCAACUAUUUUAAGGGGCUUUUUCUGCAUGAUGAAAUGUUGGACACUACAAAAUGCACAGUGACUCUACAAGACAUUUACACAGAAGAAUUCACCUCCUUCCUGGAGUUUAUUUACACUGCAGAGGUAGAAAUUGAAGCAGAAAAAUUGCACCGGAUGAAGGAAAUAGCUGAAAGACUUGAGUGCAAGGAUUUACUUGAUAUUUGUGAAGAAGUGAAAGCAGAGGGUAAAAAAGGUUUGGAUUUGAGCCUCCAUSUGAAAGGCCAGCUCUGUGAAAGUAGUGGAUCACAGUGGACUUGCCUUCAGCAAGAGGAAAAGCGCAAACUGUGUAACUCUUCCCAGAUUGUGGCUGUGCCCGUGCAGAGGAAACUCUGGCAUAGGCAAAAACAUGCAAAGUUGCUGGCUGGCUAUGAACAACCUGAAGGCCGAUCAGCGAGUCUUGAGCAAGCAGGCACUGCUUUCCCACAGUCAAAACCAAAGACUGCAAAGUUCCCAAAAUGUCACAAAACAGUUUCCAAAAAGACAACCAGUGGGGACACCACUAGGCUUGAAAAUGAGGCUAGUCCUUCUCUCUGCAGCCAGACUGACUCAAAAGAAGCCUUUAUAGGGAUUCCAAACACCCUUCCUGAGCAGUGGGAAGAUGAAAACAGUUUAAUUUCCAAACUUGCCAGUAAAACUGAGUGUAAGAAAUCACUGCGGAGCGUAGCAAAGGUCUUGCCACAGAUGUCAUGUGAGAAGUGCAAUGAAUCGUUCUGUUUCGUCAAGCAGUAUCAGUCACACAUGGAGCUCAAGCAUGAGAUGAACCUUGCUAUGAAAUACAGGUGUAACAUAUGUGAGCAGCUCUUCAGUCCCCAGGGCCUCAGGCAGCACCAGCUCGCUGCCCACGGUGACGAGAGGCUCCUCUCCUGCGUGUUCUGUGGCAAGCGCUUUAAGCAACGGAAAGACAUAAGGGAUCACAGGCGGAGAGCGCACAGGAAGAGGCAGGAUCCCCAGGCRUGCCCAUACUGUGACAAAGUCAUUGGUUCCAAGUGCGGCCUGACGGUCCAUGUGCGAACACACACAGGAGAGAAGCCUUACAAGUGUGACCAGUGCCCUGCACGCUUUGCCCAGAGGUCUGCUUACAAUACUCAUGUAAGGUACAGCAUUCCCUGCAUGUGUGUGAGUGCUUCUGGUUUGUUGUGCUUGUUUCUGGACACUGGGAUAAAUACAUUUUUUGAAGUCUUGAUUGCUUCAGUUCCAGAAGUCCCUUCGACCUGUUCAGAAGUGUGUGACACAUUGCUGGAUCAUCGUUUACUGUGGUCCACCAAGGCUCCCACAUCCUUCUCUGAAGAGCUGCUUUCUGGCAGAAAAAUCCAUGAAUCUGGGCAAGAAAGGAAACUUCUACCAGUCUAUUGGAUGGUAGUUCCACCUGCAUUAAGAUCAACUGCAACAAACUGUGAGAAAGAUCCUACCAGAGAGAUAUGGGAUAGGGCCCUGGAGGCUGGACUACGAAGGUGUGUAAAGCAUAGAGAGGCCUCCAGUUGUGAGGAAGAACCUGCAGGUUCAUCUGUCACCCAAGCAGAUUGUGGCAAUGCUGAAGAAGAGAGAAGGCGAAAAGGUGAGGAAGCUGAAGCAAGAAGGGGAAAAAGGAAGGUAGAUGGGAAGGAAGAUGAAGGUGGAAUGAGCGUGAAGGGAGAGCAGGAUGGAGGUUGUGAAGCAAAUUGUUCAGAAUUUGAAGACAGUAGAGGCCUUGAGGAGGUCUGUACUGAGGAGGAGGAUGAGAAUGAAUAUUGUAAUGAGAAGGAAACUCAAGAACGUCAAUCAGAUGGAGAGUUUACAAUAAAGAAGGUAAUUAAAAGUGGGGUGAAUAAGAAAUCUGCCUAUGUAAUAACAUGUGAUAAAUGUAAUGAGCAAUUUGUUUCCCGGAAAAAGUAUGUGGAUCAUUGCAGAGAUGUCCAUCAAUGUUUGCCUGGGAAAGUUUAUCGGUGUGACAUCUGCAGCAAGUCAUUUGCUAGUUACAACAGCUGGAAAGAGCACCGAGCCUGCGUCCACACUGAAGAAAGGCAGUUUGCCUGCACCAUUUGCAAUGCUACUUUUAAGAGAAAGAGAGAUGUGCGAACACAUUAUAUGCGGAAGCACGAAGGCAGAGUCAAACGCCCUCUCUGUUCUGUCUGUGGGAAGAUCCUCAGUUCCCGAACAGCGCUAGUGUUUCACAUGCGGACACAUACAGGAGAAAAACCUUACGAAUGUGGCAUUUGCCAUUCAAAAUUUGCUCAGCCAUCCCAGCUUAAGAUCCAUACCAGGUCCCAUACAGGGGAAAAGCCAUAUAUUUGUGAGGACUGUGGGGCUUGCUUUGCUGAUAGAGGCAAACUCACCAGCCACAAAAGGACUCAUACAGGAGAACGUCUUUUCAGAUGUGACGUGUGUGGAAAACACUUUGCUACUAAUGAAUACUUAAAAUGCCACAAGCGAUGCCACAUGGGUGCUAAGCCAUACAAAUGUGAAGUCUGUGGGAAAACAUUUGGUUUGAGAGCUUCCCUAGCCCAGCACAGUAAUGUUCAUGCAGAGACCCGUCCAUACUUCUGUGAACUGUGUGGGAAAACAUUCACACAGCAAGGCGCUCUGCGGCGGCACCAGCGUAUUCACACCGGGGAAAGGCCGUACAAAUGCAGGGCUUGUGAGAGAACCUUCACAGAUAUGUCCACCUUGCGGAGACACGUCUCGAUUCAUGAUAGGAAUGCUCACUGGAGAAGUUUCUUAAUAGAUCUUACAACCAAAAAAGACCAUAAUUGGUCCAAAAUAGAAACAUUAUCAGAAGCCUGCAUGGGUGAAGACUCAGCACCUGAAAUUUGGUCAGUUGACCAAGGUAAACUUUACAAACCAGAAAGCAUUAUUCUUGAAAAGGUAGAACACAUGCCCUCUAGUGUCAAUAAUGCACAAGACACUGAUCAUUCUCUUCUGUACUUAUAACAUCAGAUUUGCACCAAAGUACUGUACAGAGUCCAUGUUUGUAUCGUGUUUGCAUUCCUAUUACAAUAGACUAAACUAUUUCAAAUUUUUGCUUAUUGUAACUGCCUCAUUAAGCUAAUGAUAUAAUGUAUUUAUGUCUGGUGUGAAAUUAUGUACAUUGUAGUUAAAGAAAGGGCUCAUAAUUGUAGUUAAAGAAAGGAUUCAUAAUUCUUCUUAAAAGAAUUUAUGCCAGUUAAGAUUUUAGAAUAUGUAUAUAAU